UUGACCUUUGAACUUUUGUGACUGUCCUGCUUCCUUUUGUGUGUUGUAUGUGUGUGUAACAUGUCAGUGCAGGAUGAAGUUCCCGAUAGUUCAGGUUCUAUUUCUGUGUGUGGGAUUUUAUGCUGUAAACAGCUCAGUUAAUGUGGCGUUUCAUAAACCAGCCUGGCUCUCAUCAACUUGGUAUUGGAAAUCAAAAGCUGAAAAUAUUGUGGACGGAACUAAAUACACAGAUGAUGACGCAUUUUUUGACAGAUGUGUUCACACCAGAUAUGAACAAUUCCCUCGCUGGUGGGUGAACCUCACUGGCGAUUACACCAUAGCAAGGAUCGACAUUGAUUAUAGACGUGAUACGAGAUAUAGAAUGUUUGGUUACAAACUGAUUGUAUCAGACACAGAGGAUAGACGCCUGUGGAACUCGAAUCACCAGAUAGAAGGCCAUAUAUGUCGUGACGAGACUAGAAGAAACCCACCUCUUCAGCAGACGGUCCCGUGUCUAGCCAGAGGACGUUUUAUAACAUACGCUGAUAAUGAAGGCACUGUCGAUCCAAAUCCUUAUGUAGAGCUUUGCGAGCUAGAGGCAUACGGUUGUCCGACUGGAUGGUUUGGACAGGACAACUGUUUGGAACAGUGUCCGGAUGGAUGCCGGGAUAGAGUUUGUAAUCCGGACAACGGCACAUGUUUUGCUGGGUGUGAAAGCGGCCUGCAGGGAGACAUCUGUGAUACAGCAUGCAGCCAUGACAGCUUUGGUUUAGGGUGUCAGCAGUCCUGUUUCUGUGAUGUUGACACAUGUGAUCCUCGAAAUGGAACCUGCCCUAGCGACAGAUGUCAGCAGGGGUGGAACGGGACAGCAUGUAACCAACGUUGUGUCGACCAAACCUUUGGACAAAAUUGUGAAGAAACAUGUCACUGUCUACAGGGACCAUGUGACGCUGCUAAUGGAACUUGUUUAUAUGAUGGAUGUGAGCCAGGAUGGCAAACGGAAUCCUGCAGUAAAGAAUGUGACAAAGGCAGGUUUGGCCAUGAUUGUAACCUUACAUGCGGAGCCUGUAGACACAAUGCUCCGUGCGAUCACGUGACUGGAAAAUGUCCUAACGGUUGCUCGGAUGGAUGGACCACAUCCUUCUGUGAUGAGGCUUGCCCGAUCGGAACAUUUGGAAUCAAUUGUACAGGAGAAUGUUUUUGUAAGAAUGGCACGUGUGACCCAACACACGGUGUCUGUCCAGGCAACGCGUGUGAUAGAGGCUGGAACGGACCUUCAUGUAGUUCUCAAUGUGACCCUGGGUCCUAUGGUUAUAACUGUGAUCAGAGCUGUAAUUGUCAGACAGAGUCGUGUAACAGGACGACAGGACUAUGUCCACCGGGUGGCUGUAAGGACGGAUGGAGGACGGACACAUGCAGCCAGAAGUGUGACCAGGGUUCAUACGGGACUAACUGUUCGGGUAUGUGUGGUAGUUGUAUGAGUAACGAUACCUGUCACCACAUCAAUGGUCAUUGUUCUCGAGGAUGCACGGCCGGUUUCAAAGGAGAGUUAUGUGACAAAGAAUGCGAAGACUAUCUCUAUGGAAUUAACUGUCAACAUAGCUGCCAGGGCUGUCAGGAAGGAAAGUGUCAAAAGGUCCAUGGGGACUGCUUGAGUGGUUGCAUUUCCGGGAUGACUGGCGACCUCUGCAACCUCAAACCUGUUCCAGUCGCCCAAAAUAUGUCGACAACUAUCGGAGCUGCAGCGGGCGGUGUGCUCGUUAUUGCGGCAAUUGUUCUGAUUGCAGUAUUCAUAAUACACCACAGAAGAAGGACGUCUUCAGUUGAAAGAUCGGUAGAGUUUCAUAAAACUGAUACCAGUGAAGUCUGUGACAUCGUUUCUCCGAACGUGCAAGAUUUAAAAGAAGAUAAGAACACGACAAAAAUGAGCGGUGAUUUAAUAACAACAAAUGACAAAUCAAUAUAUUCAUUUAUAAAUGAAGAGGAAGGGCCGAAGGGAGAAAAUAUCUAUAAAAACGUCGAUGACGGGAUUUCAGUAGGAAGUAUAGCUUCACAUCUGAGCACAUACCUUGAAGAAACCGAUGACAAUAUGUCUGAGGAUAUGGACCAUUCAGAAAAUGUUUACUCUAACUAUGUAGCAACUGUUGAUACUAAAAUCAAUGUUUCUGAAUUAACAGAGGUUAUAGCGUUCAAGAAGGAGUCCGGUGCUUUCAAGGAAGAAUACGCGAAAUUUCCUAGAGGACUAAAACACUCACAUGAAUGCGGAAAGGGAGCCGUAAAGAAAGACAAAAAUCGGUUUAAAGAUAUGUUUCCUUGUGAGUAUGAAUUUUGACAAAUUGUUUUGCUAGUUCUUUUUUUCUAUUGCUUUGCUGAUUACAAAGAAAACUAUAAAGCUUGGCAUUAAACUUGGGUACAUAUAUGAAUACAAUUCG